AUGACCAAGAAACCCUCUGGACUAGGUGGCUCGAUAUGGGCAAACGGUCGAUCUAACUACAACUCACCCGCCCCCUCAAACCGAGGCUCCCCUUCACAACCGCCUCCACAGGCACCCUCAACAGCACCCAAACCUGCCAUAGCCUCGACAACGCGCUUAACACCGGCGCAGGCGUUCCACCGCUUUGAGCAGGCUUGUCAAAGAUUGCGGUGGAAGUUUAUCGAUCUCCACGCCUCUUAUCAACGGGCUACGAAUCCGGAAGAGUUUGGCUUUACAAAAGGGGAUGCGGAGCAGAACUUCAAGGUUGACUUUCAUGAGUUUUAUGUGUGGAUUGAGCAAGCUAUCGUGUUGCUUCUCCUCAUCUUUGGAGUUACAGUCUCCAAGUCUGCGAGACCUGAGGAUAACAUCUCCUCGCGAGGGAACCUCAGCAGGGGAAACUAUGUGGCCUCCAGCCAUGCGUAUCAUCACAACGUGCUCAAGGCGCUUGAAGACGAAGAUUGUCCUGUAUAUAACGCACUAGGCAAGGGAGAAGUGAACCAAGCGCUCUGGAAAGCCAAGGAACUACGGAACCGAUGGAAAGACGCCAGCGAGGGCAAGGAGACACCGCCACUCAAGAUGUACGAUCUGACGUGGAUCGUGACGGAGGUGUUGCGCGGGCUAGAGGCCGCAUACGGCAUAGCCUCAUCGCACGUCGAGCAGGAGCUGGCUCAGCAGCAUGAGAGUCUGGAUGAGGCCAUGGUUGUGGACGAUGAGUGGGAGUGGAUGGUAGAGCCGAUGGACUGGGAGGCAGCGUGA